CAACAUCUCACUCCCUCCCUCUCUGUUUCAUUGUUUCCUCAAUCAACGGGGUAAUACUUGCAUCGCAUUUUGCAAAUCUCCUCUCUGUUUCUCCUUCUUUCUUUCUUCCCAACUUUCACUUUAUUAUUAUAUGUAUGUAUGUUAUGUAUGUAGUCCUAACUUGAAAUGAAAAAUGUGCAGAAACGUAACAUUAAUGGCUUCCCACCACCACCUGAUGCUUCUACUCCUGGCGACAGCCCUUACCGGAGCAAUGGGUGCUGCACCGAAGAAGCCCGUGAACGUUCCUUUCGGCAGGAACUACGCUCCCACGUGGGCUUUCGACCACAUCAAGUACUUCAAUGGCGGCAACGACAUUCAACUGGUCUUGGAUAAAUACACAGGGACGGGAUUCCAGUCGAAAGGGUCCUACUUGUUCGGCCACUUCAGUAUGCAGAUCAAGAUGGUUCCCGGAGAUUCCGCCGGAACUGUUACUGCCUUCUAUCUAUCUUCGCAAAACUCGGAGCACGACGAGAUCGAUUUUGAGUUCUUGGGCAACCGGACCGGGCAGCCGUACAUUCUGCAGACCAAUGUGUUCACCGGCGGCAAGGGAGAUAGGGAGCAGAGGAUUUACCUCUGGUUCGACCCCACCAAGGAUUACCAUUCCUACUCUGUUCUCUGGAACAACUAUCUCAUUGCGUUCUUUGUGGACGACGUGCCAAUCCGGGUGUUCAAGAACCUGAAGAACCUGGGGGUGAAGUUCCCGUUCGAGCAGCCGAUGAAGAUCUACUCCAGCUUGUGGAACGCCGACGACUGGGCGACGCGCGGCGGCCUGGAGAAGACGGACUGGUCCAAGGCCCCCUUCAUCGCGGCGUACAGGGGGUUCCACGUGGACGGCUGUGAGGCGUCGGUGCAGGCCAAGUUCUGCGCCACCCAGGGUAAGCGGUGGUGGGACCAGAGGGAGUUCCAGGACCUCGACUCGUACCAGUAUCGCCGCCUCCAGUGGGUGCGCAAUAAGUACACCAUCUACAACUACUGCCAGGACCGGGUCAGGUACCCGGUCAUGCCCAAGGAGUGCAAGCCCGACCGCGAUAUCUGACGACCCGACCAGGCUGCGACCCGUGGAUGAGAAUAUAUUAAUGGUGCUUAUUGUUUUGUUAUUAAUUAUCAUAAUAAUAUUAUAUAUAUGUACGUGAUUGGUGAUUGUACGUCAUUAUUAUUAUUACGGUAUUUCACAUUUGAUGUGUUACUAUUAUUAUUGUUAAAAUUAAUUAAUCGAUUAAUUAUUGUUUUUGCUUUGCCCAUAUUGAAUUAAGUUGAAUAGUACCCAUGAAUUUGGGUUCAAAUUCAUUAUCAAUGAAUUGGCCUAUUCGAA